AUGUUUGACUGCUUCGACUUCAUAGAAGCAUCGGGAAAGGAACCUCAGUGUACCCGCCCUCCAUCCCUCUCUUGGGCCUUCCAAUUUCAUAACGGGGACAGAAAACGUUUGUGCCGUGUUACAGGCACUGACAGCAAGCAGUUCAGCACUCCAAGGCGACCUGAUCCGAUGCAUCGUUCAGAGAAGGAGAAAGAUCUGGGAUCCCGCUCUACUGAGCGCAGCCCGAUGGUUUUGUCAGAAGAACAGGACCAAACAAAGAGGAAUGAGAGAAAAGAUGAGAAAAAAGAUGAGAAAAACGGAACGGAGGUGAACACAAAGAUGUCACGUCCUCGAACGUUGUUGGAGCAGCUGCAUUGGAAAGCCGCUCAGUUUUCGCAUCCUCAUGUGGAGCCUGGACCGUCUAUACCGGUGAGACAAAGGGAUCGAGCGAAGGAUCAUCCCAAGAAUCUUCCGACGCCAAACCGAAAAGCCAGUGAACCCCGCAAAGCAGAUGGACCGAAGGAGCGAAUUGCUCGGCAGGUCCGCGCAGUAGGCGCAGGUCCUACAGGUCAGAAGAGCGGCUCACCAGAACCCUUGGCACAGCUGCGAUUGAAGCUGCAGGAUCUUCAGAAUUUCUCGGCAGAUGCCUCGGCUGCCUGA